AGAUCGAAAAGAAUCAUACUCAUAAUCCUUUGAUUUUCUCAUGGCUCACAAAAACUCUUUCCUCAACCAGGGUUCUCAGCGAUCCUCUAGGGUUCCUACUCAAAACAAUUCUCCCCAUCUUAAUCAAGACUAUCAAGAAUCCCCUAUGCCUCAAAACAAUUCUUCCGGUCUUGAUCACCACUCUCAAGAAUUCUCUGAUUUUCGUGUGCUUCCAAACAAUUCUCGCGGGCUUUACCAUGACUAUCAAGAAUUCCCUGAUUUUCAUGUACCUCGAAACAACUCUCUUGGUUGGACUCCUCAACAAUUUCCUAAUUUUCCAAUGUAUCGAACCAACUCUCCGGGUUGGACUCCUCAACAAUUCCCUAACUUUCGAAGGACUCGAAACAACUCUCCGGCUUGGACUCCUCAACAAUUCCCUAAUUUUCCAAUGACUCGAAACAACUCUUCGGGUUGGACUCCUCAAGAAUUCCCUAAUUUUCCAAUGACUCGAAACAACUCUUCGGGUUGGACUCCUCAAGAAUUCCCUAAUUUUCCAAUAGCUACUCAACAACUCUAUGAUUUUCCGACGACUCGAAACAACUCUCUCGAUCCUGAACAUGGCUCUCAACAAUUUCCUUAUUUUCCAACGACUCAAAACAACUAUCUGGGACAUGACCGGAGUCCUCAACAAUUCCCUGGUUUCCCGAUGGCUCCAGAAAACUAUCUCAGUCCUGAAGAGGCUUCUCCAGAAAACUAUCUCAGUCCUGAAGAGGCUUCUGAACUAUUCACUAUUUUUCCUGCUGCUCGAAACAACUAUCCCGGACUUGAUCAAGGCUCUCGCAAAAACCAGGUGGAUGUUUCGUUAACCUUAGCCAAGCACCUCCUGUUAAACUAUGGCAAAGAUUCAAACCUCGUCUUCUCUCCGCUAUCCAUACAAGUUGUUCUUAGCCUGCUUGCGGCUGGUUCCAGUGGCGAAACCCGAGACCAGCUUCUCUCUUUUCUGAAAGCUGAAAGUGUGGAUGAACUUAACUCUGUCUAUGCACUUCUUGUUGAUGUUGUCUUUGCUGAUGGUUCCUCCUCUGGCGGUCCUCGCGUGUCCAUUGCCAAUGGUGUUUGGCUUGACGAGUCCGUAUCGUUCAAGCCUUCGUUCCAGCAAGUUGCGGAAACAAUGUACAAGGCGGCUUCUCAUCGUGUCGAUUUUCAGAACAAGGCUGAGGAGGUAAAAAACUUGGUGAAUUCUUGGGUCGAAAAGGAGACCCGUGGCCUUAUAAAAAAUAUUCUGAAUGCAGUCGGCAGGUCAACUCAGCUGAUAUUAGCCAAUGCCCUGUAUUUCAAAGGAGCAUGGUCUAGCCCAUUCGACGCAUUCUAUACAAGAAACUAUGACUUUUACCUCCUCAAUUCCAGCUCUAUUCAAGUACCCUUCAUGACCAGCAAUGAGGAUCAAUUUAUCAGCGUUUUUGAUGGUUUCAAAGUAUUGGAGCUUCCUUAUAAACAAGCCCGGAACCAAAGCAUGGAGAAAAGGCUUUCUUUUUCCAUGUACAUUUACCUGCCAGAUGCAAAAGACGGCCUGCCAGCACUUAUAGAGAGAGCUGGUUCAGAAUCUGGAUUCCUUGACCGCUAUGUUCCAAGUCGAAGAGUUGAAGUUGGAAAGUUCCGAAUUCCAAAAUUUAAAUUUGAGUAUUACAUUGAAGCAAGCGAAGCGUUACAGAGCCUAGGACUGGUCUCGCUCUUUGGUCCAUCAGGAGGCCUCGGGGAGAUGGUCUCUAAUUCUCUCCCUCUCUUUGUCUCCCAAAUAGUGCAUAAAUCCUUUAUUGAAGUCGAUGAGAAAGGCACUGAAGCUGCUGCUGCAACUGUUGUUCUCAUGCUUGGAUCAAGUUGUGUACCUCGGGUAAAGGUUGCGACUGACUUUGUUGCAGACCACCCAUUCUUGUUUGUCAUUCGGGAAAACGCUACUGGAAUGGUGGAGUUCAUAGGUCAUGUGCUUAAUCCUUCAGUUCAUGCUUGAACUGCCACUAGCUAGUCUUAUCUUCUGAGUUGCAAUUAUUUGCAGAUUAGUUACUUGCUUAAUUUUUGGACCUUCAGUAGUUAGUGUUCGGUUGGUUAAAAAAUAUAAUUAAUCAAUGAGGCAACUUUAAUUAUUAUUUGAGGCAUAUUUAUGAUGUUAAGUCUAAAUUUUCGACUUGAAUCUCUGAUCCUAAUGUUUGUAAUUAAAAGGUUAUUCAAUAUUAAUAUUUAGUUAUUCUCUCCGUC